AUGGUGUCCCAGCUUAUUCAGAAAUCAGCGAAGAAGAGUUGCGCCCUAGAUCCUAUGACUACAUCACUCGUGGUCAAGAGUCUAAAUGAACUGCUACCUGUCAUUACCUGCAUGACCAACUCCUCCCUCUCGCUAGGUUAUUUUCCUGCUGCUUGGAAAUUCACCCUUGUCGAUCCAAGGCUCAAGAAAACUGGUCAACCUGCAUCGCUAUCAAAUUUAAGACCAAUCAGUAAUCUCCAGUUUUUUUCUAAACUGACGGAAAGAGCUGUAAGUGACCAGACACUUGAACACAUUAAAUGUUCAGAUAUAUACCCAAUCCUACAAUCAGCAUAUCGAGCUGGUCAUAGUACGGAAACAGCCUUACUAAAAGUACAUAAUGACAUCAUGUGCUCUAUGGACCAACAAAGAGUCUCACUACUAGUACUUUUAGACUUGAGUGCUGCAUUUGACACUGUAGAUCAUCAAGUGUUAUUACGUAGUCUUGAGGUCAGCUUUGGAAUAACAGGUACUGCCCUUAAAUGGUUUAAAUCCUACUUAACUAACAGAUCUCAACGUGUGCUAAUAAAUGGUAACUACUCCGAAAGUUUCUCUCUCCCUCAUGGUGUUCCUCAAGGCUCUUGUCUCGGUCCGUUGCUUUUCACAAUCUACGCAAGCAAGCUAUUCGAAAUAGUUAAGUGUCACCUGCCAGACGUGCAUGCGUAUGCUGAUGAUACUCAAUUAUACCUUUCUUUUAAGCCGGACGUGGUGCUACUAAUGAGCUUGAUGUAA